CUCAUGGGGCCCCCUACUGACCCUGGGCCCUCAGGCAGUGCCUGAGUUUCCAAAUGGUCAGUCCGCCCCUGCUUGUAGUCAAUCUCCAUGAAUGGAUGAUACACCUGUGCAGCCAGAGCCACACGCACCUGCAGCAGAACCAGAUUCAUGGAAGCCUAUCCUGCUAAUACUGCAAUCUUCUACUCUUCCAACCAGUACAUCCCCCAGUUACUAUCUUUUGUACCACUAGCCCCUCCCUCCAAGAUUGUAAGCUCCCAGGAUCAGGGCCCUCCUAUCCCUCUUGUAUUGAACUGUAUUGUUGCUGUAUUGUCUCCCCUUAUAUUGUAAAGUGCUGA